AUGAAUUCAAAUAAUAAAAAUUUGGUUUGGAGUGAAGAAGAAUUAGACAAAUUAAAAUUAGCAAUUAAAUUGUAUUCUUUUUUGGACAGGGAAAGAGCAGUUCAUUUACAUAGACAUGUUAUCCCCUACAAAAGUAUUGACGAAAUUCAAAGAAAAAGCAAUGAAUUAAUUAAAUUAACAAAUCCAAAUAAAAACAUUUCAAAUACUUCUCCAACUUUAAAAUCUACUCCAAAUAAUAUAAAUAAUAAUAUUAAUUUGAAAACCUCACCAACUUUAAAAUCAACUGUUCCAAAUUUUAACAAUAAUAAUUUUAAUAAUAAUAACAAUAAUAACGACAAUCUUCAAAGAUGUGAAUCACCAUCUCAUCAUUAUUGGGCUAAUAAUUAA